GAAGUUAUGUAGUGAAAAUUGAAAAGAAGAUUUACCUGAGUUAUGCAAUUUGACUCACCUAUGUUCGUUGAACAAUCAAUUGCCGCCACACACGGUGGCUUAAGAGCGCGCCAACAACGUCUCUUUUCUCUCUUACACGCCUGCAAAACCAUCAAACAGCUUACCCAGAUUCACGCUCAAAUCAUCACCGGCGGGCUAACCCAGAAGAACUUCAUUCUUGGCAAGCUUCUAUCGAUCUGCAUCAUCUUCCAAAGGUUGCCCUAUGCAACCCAAGUUUUCGAAUUGGUUCGAGACCCAAGCACCAUUCUCUGGAAUCAAAUCAUCAGAGGCCAUGCCAGUAGCGACGAGCCGCGAUUAUCCGUUCUGUAUUUCAAGAAAAUGGAAAAGUCCACUGCUUUACCUGAUGGGUAUACAUAUUCGUAUGUGGUUAAUGGUUGUGGGAAAGGGGCUCUGCUGAGUGAAGGCGAGCAGGUUCACGGCAAGAUCUUGAGGAAUGGGUAUGUCUCUGAUCUGUUCGUACAAACGAAUUUGGUGAACUUCUAUUCUGCCAUGGGCACUGAACGUGGAAUGGUUGGUGCGUAUAAGGUGUUCGGAGAAAUGACUGAGAGAAAUGUGGUGUCUUGGAAUUCAUUGAUCUCAGGGUAUUUCAGGUGUGGGAAUGUCAGCGAGGCGUGCCGGAUUUUCCAUGAAAUGCCCGAGAGGAAUGUUGUUUCAUGGACUGCAUUGAUAGCAGGGUGCGCGCAGAAUGAGAGAUGCAAAGAAGCAUUGCAUUUUUUCCACGAAAUGCGAAGGAAUGGCGUGGAAUUUGACCGGGUGACAUUGGUGUCCAUUCUCUCCACUUGUGCAGAAAUGGCUUUCUUCAAUCUGGGCAGAUGGGUACAUUCAUACAUUCUUGAAUCCACAACUCCUGAAAGGGGACCAGUGUUGAUAUCACUGAACAAUGCGCUCAUACACAUGUACGCUUGCUGUGGUGAAAUCAGGGAUGCUCAUAGGGUAUUCAAGGAUAUGCCAGAGAGAACCACUGUUUCUUGGAAUACCAUGAUAACUGCUUUUGCCAAACAGGGCUAUGCAGAAGAGAGCAUCACGGUGUUCCGGGAGAUGGAAACCGCAAAGGCCAAGAAGGAUGAGAUCACAUUCUUGGGCGUAUUGUGUGCGUGUAGUCGUGCCGGUUAUGUCAAUGAGGGGAGAUUCUACUUCAAAAGAAUGAUCGAAUGUUUCGGGUUGGAGCCGAGAAUACAGCACUAUGGCUGCAUGGUUGAUCUCCUUAGCCGAGCUGGACUGCUAGAUGAAGCAGGGAGACUAGUCCAGAGCAUGCCUAUGAAGCCAAACAAUGCUGUAUGGGGUGCUCUUCUAAGUGGCUGCAUUAUUCACAAAAACAUAAAGCUUGCUUCUGGGAUGGAACACAAUUUCGUCGUCGAGCUUGAACCAGAAAGAUCCAUUGGCUACUUUGUGCUAUUGUCCAAUCUUUAUGCCGCUGAAAAGAGGUGGCUAGCCAUGGUUAGCGCGAGACGCAAGAUGUACGAGAUAGGAGCGAGGAAGCCUCCGGGUCAAAGUAGGAUCCGUGUCGAUGGAACCGACCAUGAUUUUCUGGCCGGGGACACAACUCACAAACAUGCCUCUCUGGUUUAUGAAAUGCUUGAUGAGAUCACUGGGCAAGCUAAGUUACAAUCUGACAUUUUGAACUCUCUUUUAUCCGAAUAGUUUCUGGCCUGUCCUGUUUUUUUCUCAAUGUGUGAGGUUAGGAGGAAAUGCAGUGAUUAUUUGUUCAUUGUUUCUGUCUACUGUUCACCAAGUCUUAUACAAGUACGGCCAUGUUGAAUGAAUAUUGUCAUAUAAU